ACCGGGGCCCGGCGAAAGUGCGGCGAGGAAACGCGGCCGCCGUUUACCUGCGGGCCGGGCCGGGCCGGGCCGCGGCGCCGCGCGGGGGGACGAAGCCGUUGUUACCGGCCCCGCCGCGGCGCUGAGAGGAGGGGCUGGACGGCGACGCGCGGAGGAGCGCCCGGCUGCGGGGCAGAGGAAUAAACAAGAAUGUCACAAAAACAGCUGAAAGAAGCCUUUAUCAGUAACUUAAAUGGAACUACUUUGCUGGAAAUUUCACUAGGCUUGUCUCUAGCUCCAUUAUAUCUGCUUUGCAGAGGACUUUUGCUGAUCUUAUAUUAUCUGCGCUAUGGGAAACUUUUAAGUUCAAGGAAAUACGGUCUGCUGCUAGACUUCAUUGUGCUAAUAUCUCCUCUCCUAUUCUCCUGUACGGUCUUGUCUCCAGUCAUCUUUUUUAUCCCCCCUGUCAUUGCAGCCUUCUGUGCAGGAAUAUUUUCUAAAAUAUACAGCCAAAGAAAACGUGAUAUUGGAGUGUCUUUUAGGCAAAUUGUAAAUGACUUCCAGAAGACAUACUUAGAUCCGGAAUACGUUCCAUCAAUAACUCUGUUUCGUGUUUUUGUCAAUGUGUUGACAUCAAUCAGCAUAUUAGCAGUGGAUUUUCCACAAUAUCCAAGACGAUAUGCUAAAACUGAGACCUAUGGAACAGGAGUUAUGGAUUUGGGGGUAGGAGCUUUUAUUUUUGGUAAUGCUCUUGUUUGUCCUGAAGUUAGACAAAAGUCCUGUGCAACACAGCCAAAAUUUUCCUAUCUGACUAGGCAGUUUUUUUCCAUUUGGCCAUUGAUUUUUCUUGGUGUGGGACGACUGUUUAGUGUGAAAUCUAUAGAGUAUCAUGAACAUAUUUCAGAGUAUGGAGUGCACUGGAAUUUCUUUUUUACCUUAGCAUUUGUGAGACUUGCAGCAUCUCUAAUUUUGACCAUAUUUCCAAAGAAUAAAUCUUGGAUUGUUGCUAUGAAUCUUGCUGUAUUUUAUCAGCUUAUUCUUAAUGCUACCUCUCUGAAGAUGUUUGUCUUACAUGGGAGCAAUGGCAAAGAUACCAGGGUUGGAUUUUUAAAUGCCAACAGGGAAGGACUGGUCUCUCUUUUCGGAUACCUAGCCAUAUACAUGGCUAGUGUGCAAGUUGGACUCUAUCUGCUGAAGCGCAGAAACUUUGUCAAAGACUGGAUCAAAGCAAUAUGUUUCCUAAUUCUGAUGGUUCUUGUGCUCUUUGUAUUUCUUCAUUUGUUACAAGUACACGUAGACCCUGUGUCCCGCCGGAUGGCUAAUCUGUCUUACUGCGUCUGGGUAGUUGCUAACUGUCUGACUUUAUUCAUCUGUUUUGUAGUGGUUGAUCUCGUGUUGGUGUUUACAAAGCUUCUUGUGAACGGGUCCAGCGUGCCCUGUUGCUGGAAUGUCAUAGAGCCUGCCCAUUCCAGUAAAAAGCGUGACGCAGAGGCCGUGCCUGUCAAAAGGGAAAGCAAGCUGCUGCACGUUUGCCUGAUCAGUGCUAUUGAUAAAAAUCAGUUACUGUUUUUCUUGCUAGCAAAUAUUAUGACUGGUAUUGUAAAUAUAAUGAUAGAUACAAUUCACAGCAAGACUUCAUUUACAUUAUGUGUACUACACUUGUAUAUGUUUUUUAACUGUUUAAUUAUGUAUAUAUUGCAUGCAAGAAAUAUAGUAUUAAAAUUUUGGUGAUUUCACUUGUCUUAAGUGGACUAGUUAAACUUUCUUUGCUGCACUUGAGUGAUGGUGUUUUAAUGGAAAAACAAGUAUUUUUUCAUGUAUGUAUUGCUAUGUAGAUGCAAUAAUGUAUAACAGUAUAGAUUAUGAUUUAACAUUAUGAUGAUUUAUGUUUUAGAAAAUUAUACGCCCAAUCCUGCUACCCGUUGGAGGCGUGACUUUCUAAAAAAAUUAGUUUUUGAGAUCGUUUGCUGAAUACUCAUACUGCUCCUAUAAACAGUUAUGCAGAAGAGUAACAUGACGACUAGUGAAUUCUUUUGUGCAUUCAAGAGGUACAUUCGUAUGCAAGUGUUGGUGCGAUUAGGUAACAGUAUAUAGAGUAGCAGCAAGAUGAAAAGUAAGAAAAUGAGUAAUUAUGGAGAGAGGCUUAGCUGUGUCAAGAUUUACCUAGUUAAGGCCCUCGCAUAAAUAAUAGAUAAGAAUAAUUCCAUAUAUAAAAUGUAUUGAAUAAGUGGAUACUUACUUAAGAAUGUUUUGGCCCCAGUCCUGCAAAGAUUUAUGCGUGUGCUUGACUUUGAUGGGAGUAUGUGGAAUGUUAAUCAUACACUGAAAUCUAAAUUAGCCUUUGAAUUAAAGCUAAAUUUUAUCUUCAUCCUCAGUGAGGAAUAUAAAUGAAGACCCUCGAUAAAGUAUGAUGCUCUGAAGGAUAAAACUCAACUGCAGAUGAAUUCAUAAAGCAUUUACUGGAAUUUGUGGUGCAGGUAAUAAGAGCUGCACAGCCCCUUAUAAGAAAAUACAAAGAUCCAAAAACACCAGCACCCCCAACUUGCAUCCCAACAUGUUGUGACCGUUCAUCUUCAGGAAUGCUGUAAGAUAUGGUCUUCAGCUCUACUUUAAAAGCACUCAAGCCCACCCACCUACUGCUCUACAAAAUUGUUUUAAGUGCUAGUUCAUUUAGUACUGUAUUUUGACAGCUGAGAUGUCUGCAAGUAGGAACAUUCUGUAUUAAUUUUAUUAGCAAACAAACAGCAUGCAAAUGGAAAGACGCAUGAUGCAGUGGGUCAGGAUACUAGCACAGUACUGACAAGAGACGUGCUCAGUUUCUCCAUCUAGCACAGUCCUCCUGCAAUCCCAGGGUGUUCAGCCCUUUCUGAUCACUUUCCCAACUGCAUGGUGCAUGUGACAGUUCUUCCUGACCUCAUUAAGUUGUUGAGAAGAGAAAUACAUUAAAGAUUCUGAGGAAUUCAGUAAUGGAAGAUAUAAAUACUUAGGAAGUGUAAUAUAAAUGGUCAUUGAUGAUAAAUGUCUGCUGUCAGUGGAGUUACAGCAGUGCACAUGGGCCAGAAGUUCAAAUUUCCUUGUCUAUCAAACACUAUCAUAAAAGCUUAUGGAAAUUAAGACUUUAAAUCAAAUUCCUCAAGGCAGACAUGCUGUGGAAUAUUCUUAAAUUUAUGAGGUUCUCUCUGGGUUUGGCCAGUGAAAAGAUGAAGUCAGAAUUGUCUACUCGGGCCAUGCUGAUUUCAUGCCUGUUUACUUCCAAGUUACAGUGAUAUACUCUUCAGAAUUAAAGAAAAACAGCCUGUGUUAUCCUGGGGACAAAAGUAAUUAAAAGACCAUUGUCACAGUUUAUAGCAGAGUUUUCUCUGGUAACUGGUACAUUUAUUUUAAAACGUUUCCAGGCCUUGCCUAGGGAAGAAGGGCCUCCAUCAUGAACUCAGUGGCACUACUCAUUUAUGCAAAAGUACUCAUGGAUAUUAAUUUUUGAAGUAUUUGAAGCACAAGACCUGCAAUGAGUUCUGCCUGCAAGCACAAGUCUUAUCAGUAUGAUUCAAAAUUAAGGCGUUAAUUGGGUGUGACAAAGCUGAGUUGUGUCUGGACAAGCAGCAAACUAUCUAGAUGCCAGCUCCAUUUUGCGAAGCAAAAAUUACGUGGGAGGUCUGCUGUGUCUGUGCAGAGCCCUGUUAGCGGGGCACAGGCAGCAGAUUGGCGGACACCGGUUCCCAGGCUGGAGCUCUGGUUGGUAAUAAAGCAGCUGUAACAGCAGAGCUCAUCAGACCGGCAGGACCGUGGUGCGCAGAUGACAGGAAUGAGAACGCCUGGCUCAUCUCACUGAUGUCACAGUCACGGCAGUGGCAGAACCCUGCAUCGCGGGGCAGCCGCCCACUUUCAAAGCCUUACGAAGCAAGUCUUUCAUCACUGCAUUAAUGAGACUAUUAAUUCUCAUUACUUAUUGUCAAUAACAAAUGUGGCAAAUUCUGCCCCGAAGCAACUGGCAUAGCUGUUAAUCCUGAAUGUUUGGACUAUGAGUAGUUAUGGAUAAUUAACCAUGCUUCUGAAAGAACCAAGAAACGCAAGUGAACAUUCUUUGAUCACAGGAUCUGUAUGAGAAAACAGCACUGUAUUGAGGUUGGGAAGAUGCUAGAGAAGUUAACACUGCGAUACUGCUGUGAACACUUUCUCCACAUACAAUUUAAUGUCUGUUAGCUUAACGGUUGGUAGGAGCAAGAACACUAAAUUUCAUUUCACUUUUGGGUAUGUUUAGGUGAGCAAGCUCACACAGCUCUAUAGAUAAAUAUGAAGAAAAAAAUCUAAAUCUUUGAUUUAGCUGUUACAUGAUUAGUAAAAGUUAAGAAAUAUAUUUCAAUUAAUAAGACUAAAGUGGCAGACCUAUAGCAUGCCAUUGACUUGAAUAGUAAAGCUGAGCAUGGGGAAAACAAAAGUGAUGCUUUGUCUCUGCUGUCGUAAUUCCACCAAAUGAUUAUAGUAUUUUUGUAGGGCUGCAGGAUAGAAAAAAUGUGGUGGGAGAGCAGAGCCGGUUAUGUUUAUCCUCAAGCUUGUUAUUUGUUAAACAUCGCUAGCUUCCUACCAAACUUAUUUUUAAGAUUGAUUCAAACACCAGUGCGCCUUCCUCUCCGAUCCAGUCAUGUCACUUCUAAAGUCCAAUGUUAUUUCAGCUGGAAUCUUAUUUCAGUGCCGCUGUGUCCUGAAGAACAGGUAUUUCUCCCGGCAGAGCGUAGGGCAUGCACCCGGGACGGCAUCAACGGGCUGUCUGCUGUGUCGGGUUGUGGGUAAGAAGACAGCUGGAUUCUCCACCGGUAUAAGAAGCCCUUUUCUGUGGAUGAAAGUUGCAUUAAAUGUAAUGGUUAUUUUCCUA